AUGCACGACGAUGAGCCAUCGCUCAAUAUCCCCUCGCUCUUAACAUUAGCUGUCGUAUCCUACUUCGUCAUUCGAUGGUUCUUUAACCGCGAUGAGGGUUCCAGCGGAGGCCGGCCCCGCGGCCGUGGCAACGUUGUUGACCCAGCCCAAGUCGAACAGAUCGCUCAGAUGUUCCCUCAACUCAGCACUCGGGAUAUAAUGUGGGACUUGCAGCGCAACGGUGGCAGCGUUGCGGCGACAACAGAGCGAAUCUUGGCCGGGCGCGGGCUGGAAACGCCACCUCCAUCAUUCCAACCCCAGGUCGUAAUGCCCCGCGUACAUGCUCCAGUCCAGGCUACGUCAACCGCGACAGCUUCCAAGGCGGAUGCACAGGAUUUGAUCUCUCGGUACAACCUUAGCACGAAAAUCGCCGCUGCAAGCGCAGAAGCCCAGCCGCCCAGCUCAGCGAGUGCUUGGUCACAGAACAAAGAAGAGCGCCAGCGUCUGCUUCAGAAGCGCCGGGACGAGAUGAUCCUGGCGGCGCGAAGGAAGAUGAUGGAGAAGGGCAAGGGCCCGGCCCAAUAA